ACAGAGUUGUCCGCCAUCUUGGUUUGCGUGUUGUCUUCUCUCAACUUCCGAAGCGAAAAUUUAAUAAUAAAACGCAUUUAAAGCGAUGCCCAAUUAACCGAAACACCAAAAAGUGCUACAAAAUAUAUUUACCUACAGCUGAGAGAUCGUCUGGAGUUUGAAACUAAAAGAUUUCAAGCCGAAAAUUGCAUUUGAAAGUGGAAUUGCAGGGCGAAGAAAAAAUUCCCAGAUCAAAUAACAAAAGUGAAGCGACGAACCAACAAAAUCAACAACCGGUCACCAAGCAGCAGCAACAGAAACAGACGAGACAGCGGGGACAGACAGAACGAGGAGAGGACCAACAGACGAGAGCGGCAACGGCUUCACAUUGGACAUGUCAUGUCAGCAAGCGUCCAGAUUUCAUCCAGCCACAACAGCAGCAGCAGCAACAGCAACAGCACUAGCUAGGAAUACAGCCACCAAGAGAAUUGCCACAGCAGCAGCGGCAGCAACAGCGGCAGCCAUAAGCACAGCAGCAGCCGCAACAGCAGCAGCAGCCACGCUGACGCCAGGGGAGAGCGUCGCCGGCAAGACGACGACAGAGGAUUCGGAUCCGUAUGCAUUCACAGAGACCGUUUCAGUCGCGCCGCCAAUUCUAUUCAAUGCACAGAAAUCGCGAGCCCGCCUAAGCGAAAACAACAAGAGCAACAGCAACAACGGCAACAAUAGGAGGCUAGUAGCAACAGCUGGGGCAGGCAACAGAAAGGCCACUCUUGCGGCACAGCUGAAUGCCACAGCAGCAGCCGUAGCAGCAGCAACAGCAGCAACCGCAAAGGCGCAGGCGUCUUUAGCAACAACAACAACAACAGCAGCAGCAGCAGCAACAACGAAUUUCAAUAAUGUCACGCAAUCUCAGAGACAGCAGCCAGCAUUGUCGCCGUCGCAGUUGCCGCUGCAAGCGCAAGCGUCACCGAAGCGGGCUACCAAUGUCUGCAUCGUUAGGCCGCAGCAACAGCAGCAGGAGAAACUAGCAGCAGAGGCAUGCCAGCAGCCGCCAACGCCGCCACCACCCCUCUACUCCCACACGCCCUCGCUGUGGCAGACGCCGCUCAUUCUGGACACCAGCCAGAAGCAGCACAACAAGCAUCAUCAUCAGCUCCAGGCUGUGUCCAUUGCAUUGGUCAGCCCGCCAACAUCGCCCGCCUCGUUACCCUCGCCCACUCUGACGCCCACUGCAGCUGUGACCGCCAUGGUGGCACCGAUUGUCUCGCCCAAGGGUGGCCUGCCACUUCCGCCGUCGAAGUUCCAUCACACCACCCUGGCCCAGCACUUGCAGAAGGUGGAGUGUCUGAAGAAGAAAAAGUCCUUGCCGCUGACAUGUCAGAACAACAACAAUAAUAAUAACAACAACAACAAUAACAAGCAACAUAACCACAUGGUAGAGUCACUGAACAAAACGAUAGGGACGGCAACCUAUAACCUGACACAACCGCCACCACUGACGGUGUUCAACACGGGAACAGUCCAGGCGGCUCCUCCGCCAGCAGCCGCUCCUCCACAGAAACAGAAACAUUCCACCAGCAGCUUGGAUGACAGCGAUCUCAACGAGAUACCCGUCAAUGUUAUCUUUCGCAAGCCCCCAGUCCUGAUGGCCGGAACAGGAGUAGGAGGAGUAGCAGCAGGAGCAGCAGGAGCACCAGCAGCAGGACAAGCUCAGCCGAACGGAGUCAAGUUGGUGAUACCACUGACGCCGCCAACUCCGCCCGAGGUGACUACGCCACCGCUGCUGGCUCACCGACUGCCGCAGUCGCAGCCAGCUGCUGGCAUACCUGCAUUGGCUCCCAGCUUGAAAGUCUCUUUGCCACCGGCUCCCGUUGUUUCUCUGGGAUCUGCUGUGCACUCUGGAGGCACACUGCUGAUUGUGUCAGCAGCCAGCCAGGCGACGUCCCCGGUUCCCACACCCACACCACUCACCCCGCCCGGAACUCCUGCAGCAUCCAUCAAAACUGAACAAAUGUCUUCCAAAGUUGCCAAUGCUAAUGCUGCCGCCAAUGCAAACGCUGCGCCAAAACGUCAAACGCCAGGAGCUGCUGCUGGCGGCAGAAGAGGCAACAACAACAAAACCAACAAUGCAGCGAGCGUCGCAAAGAAGAAUUUAGCGACAAAGCCUGCUCCGCCACAGGAUCCGAAACCGAGUCCCCAUCCCAAUCCGAUUGUACUCCCCGUAGCUGACAAGGCAGAACCCGCUGUCCGGCAGCGGCGUCGCAAGGCCGCCUCCAAGCGCUACUCAGCGACGAUCAAUGAGAAUGAGACGACGGACAAUGCGACGGACUCGCCGUACUGUGUGCAACAGCAUUGGAUGCACUCCACCGGCAGGGAGAUGGUCCUUGACGUUCCCCUCUCGCCCAGCAAUCGCCGCGAGGAACGGAUUGCCGUCCGCAAGGGUAUGCUGAGGCGACAGGCGCUGCAGUUACUGUCCACGCGAUCGUUGCAAGAUUUGCCAGUGCGAGCGGCCCGCCAGCGUCUCCAGUGCGUCCAGAAUAUGCUGGUCAAAUAUCAGGAUCACGCAGGACAACAGCAGGGCAUAGGGAUUGGCAAUCGCUGUCUAGUGUCCACCUGUGGACAGCCCACGCUCACCAUGGCCGCUCACUGUGAGCGCCACAUUGUGAACAACAGCACCCAGCAGCUGUUCCAGCCAUGCGCGGCCUGGCGCAUGGACGGCACAGCCUGCCUGGCGCCUGUCUUCGAUGUCCUGCAUACGCUGCCCCUGUGCACCGUUCACAGCCACCUGCGUGCCGGCCUCGAGAUGGUCAGGCCAAUGGCCAAGCUAGCUGCCGCGAGUCUGCCCUUGGCUGGAGUGCCGCUGGCAGUGGCACCGGCAGCAGCCGGCAUGUCAGGCAAGCGCAAACGCAAGGCCAAUCCCAGUCCUGUAAGUCGUCCGCAGAAACGGGGCAGGAAACCGAACGCUGAGCAGCAGAAGAUGAGCCACCAAAUAAGCAACCAGAUUACCACGCUACCGGUGAUGCCAUCGGCGGUGAUGCAACGAAAGAGCAGCACCACUUCGCUGGAGUCCAUAGCCAGUAAUUCGCAGUGUUCCUCGGCCAAUUCUCAUUCCCAGCUGUCCUACACGCCGCCCACACCCGCGCCAGUCCCAGUCUCUGCACCAUCGUCGCACGGUUUGCCACACUUGUCCAUACCGCCGGCGCUGGCUCCACUGAGCGGGGACUACCAACCGAAGCAUGAGCAGCAGCAGCAGACGGCACUGUUCAAAUUCGAAGCUGAUCCGCAGGUGCAGCAGCUGGAGAGUGGCCUCAAUCUGCUGGCCAGUGCCAAUAUCAAUAUAAAGGCAGAAGAGAUUAGCCAAAUUGUGGCACAACUGGCGGCGGCUGGUGGGGAUCUGCAGCCGCAAAACCAUCAACUCAACAACAAUAGCCUUCACUUUAACAAUAACAACAACAAUAUGAGUUAUAGCAACAACAACAAUAGUUUCCCCUCGUUCAACGCGGCCUUUGGCAAUGCCAUUGGCCAGCCAACGCACAACGGCCAGCACACGGCCCUGGGCCUGGCCAACACGGCGAAUCUGCUGGGCCAGGACAUGUUCGGUAUAUGCGAAAACAGUUCGGCGUAUGCCAGCUCCGAGGACACGGGACUGGGUGGCCUGAGCGAAUCGGAGCUGAUUGGCGCUAACGAUGCUGAUGACAUAGCAUUGAAUGGCGCCCACUUGCUGGAGGAGCACGAUCUGGUAAAUGUGUUCGACACGCUGCCGGACGAUGCCUUCAACGAGCUCUUUCAAUCCGUGCAACAAGCCGAGUGCGAGGCCAUGGAUCGGGCGCUCGAGAUCGCCGACAAGAACCUCAAGUGUCUGCAACAGACGAUUGUCGGCUCUGAGGAUAACGACCUGCUUAACGAUUUCCUCGAUGAUAUGUUAGCCGAUGGUGUGAUUAGCUCAACGAACACGUCCGGCAUCGAUGCCGCCACACUGUUCGUCGACAGCAGCAGCGGCGGCGGCAACAGCAGCAGCAACAGUGCCAACAGCAGCUGCACGCCGGCCUCCGCCUCUGUGGCGGAUAUACGCGGCCUGGUGCAGACCUAAGACGCGGUCCCGGUCGAGGACCAGGUCAAAGGCUAUAGCUGGCACACGGCUAGCGUCACUUUCAAGAGAUCUUUCGAGCUAUAAACUGAAACUGGAAACUGCAACAGCAAGUCCACUUCUGAGUAGCUUUCGUGAAGAGUUUUGGGCGUUUUCGGCAUAUUUCUCACCAGAUUCUGGUUCGGCACACAAUUCUAUAUAUAUAUAUAUAUGUAUAUGCUGCUUGAAUGUAUGUGUAUCUUUAUUGUAUAUGCUCCUGCACACAUAUGCAUAUGGAAAUCGUAUAGAUAUGGGGUUAAAUGUAUAAAUCAAAACAAAAACAAAACAACAAAAAAAAAACAAAAAAUUCUAAAAAAUUGAGGAAAAAAAAUUUCGAUAAAAUAUUUACUGCAAUUUAAACAACAAAUACCUAAUAAAAGAAACAAACAAGAAUGAAAUGUAUGUGUAUCUUCGAGUACACACGAACACCCACAAACACACACAUACACACAGCAGUAGCAUUAUACAUAUAACUCUUAAAGUAACCUUAAUUGUUAGUGUAACAGCAACAACAACAAAAAAACAACGUGAGGAUUGUAGAGUGCAGCUUUAUUAUACAUACAUAGAAAACAGACAGACAGACAGAUACAUUAUACAUUAUAUAGAAAGGGAAUCGAAAUCAGAAUCAGAAAUCAGAGAAACACCAGAACAGAAUCCACUUUCGUAGGGAAAAGUUGGCAGCAUAUUUUGAUUUUCAAUUAAAUUCGAUGGCAUUGAUGGAAUCAAUCAAUCUAUCAAUCAAUCAAUCAUCGUUCAGCUAAGUAAUCAAAUGAAUUUGCUUAAACCAUUUUGUGGGAGCGCAUUUACAGCAAAAACACUUUACACUCGAGGUCGAGAUAUCCGCGAUUGAGAUCGAGAUCGAGAAUUGCAAUCAAUUACAGAACAAGGAAAUACAAAAACAGAACCAUAAUUAAAAAUGAUGAUAAUUUUUGUGUUUUAUAAAUAAUUGAUUUGCACACACACACAAUACACAUACACACUUAUACACACACACAUACAUACAUACAACGUACAAGGGACUAGUUUGAAACCGCGAAUCGUAUUACUAAAUAUACAUACUAUAUACUUAUAUAAAACAUAUAUAAAUAUAUAUAUAUAUAUA